CUUUAGAAUAAAACUAUUAAGAAUUCCUUGGAGAUUUUGAUAGAACAAUAUAAUAGUUUUGUUAGGAGUAUAGAAUUUUCAGUAUAAGUCCAAUUUAAAUUUUUCAUUAUAGUUAUUAUUAGUUGUAAUACAAAGAGACUCUAAAUAUCAUAGAUGUAUUCAUACAUGGAAUAUCUCCAGAAAUGUUUUAAUAAGACGACUAAUUGGAAUGAAGAUAAUAUAUUUUCAAAUAUUACUGCUUCUUCCGAAGCUUUACUUGAAUUUCCAAUUCCUAAUGGGUUGAAAAUGGAAGCUUCAUCGAAGGCUACUGAAUUUCUGGCUUCAAGUUUAACAUUAUCUAAUUAUCAUUCUAUUAAUGGUUCACUAGCAUAUUUAUAUUCUUCAGUACCUUUAAAAAAUACCAUGGGUACUAAAGAAAUUUCACUUCAAGAUGCUAUUGCAGGAUUUCGAAUAUUAGAACCUAGCUUUACUACUUCAAAAAGAAAAAUUAAUAAAUCAUUUUCUAAAAGUUCUUUAUUAUAUGGUAGAAUGUAUUUCCCUGGUUCAGCUCUUGAAGCUAUGAUUAUAAAACGAUUUUCAGAUCAAACACAAUUUCUUAUUAAAUGUAUAAGUAAUCCUCAUAUGGAUAAAAGUGGUACAAUGAUUAUAUAUUUCCAACAAAAUAGACCAAAAUAUCUGAGAGAAAUAAUAUAUUCUACUAAUGAUUCAUUAUUAGGUAUACGAUGGUUAUAUAAUUUUGGUACUUCUGAUAAUUUAACUAGUUUGAAUUCAACAUUAAUACCCAAGUUUGAUAAUUCAGUUAUAUCGGUUGGUUCAGAACUUUGGUAUGCUGCUCGCACAAUGAGUCCUGGUUUUUCAUCGGCAUUCAGAUAUUCAACUCGUUCAACUUCUACAGGUAAACCAUUAACUAUGACAUUAGCAGUAAAUCCAAUCUUAGGACAUUUAUCAUCAACAUAUACUGUCAAAACUUCAGUUGCCUCAACUUUCUCAUCUAAGUAUGAUUUUAAUUUCUUUUCAUAUGCCAGUAAUCUAUCUUUAGGAUUUGAAUUUUAUAAUUAUUCCAAAGCGAAUUCUUCAUUUAUUAAUGGAGAGAUUAAUUCAUCAUCAGAAGAAAAUAAACAUUUACGAGAAUUAGCUGGUAAUCAUCAUAUUCAAGCAUCAACUAUCCCAUUCCGUCCUCAUGCUUCCAUUACGAAUCAUGAUCAAAAUAGUCUUAUAAUAAAUCCUAUACAAAACUAUGAUAAUUAUUAUCAUAUUAAUCCUAAUCUUUUACCCCAAAAUGCGCAUGGAUCAGGGAAUACAGGUCAUGGAGAAUCAGGUGGUACAAGAAAUAGAACAAGAACAGGAAUUGGAGCAGGAAUUGGAGCAGGAAUUGGAGCUGGUAGGAAUAAAAAUAAAAAGAAUGUUCAUUUAGAAAGUGUUACUACAGCUUUUCAAAAUUUAGUAAAUGAUAGUGACUUUUCUAGUGUAUUAAAAGUAUCAUCGAGUUUAAAUGAUAGAAUGAUUAAAUUACUCUGGGAGGGUAGAGUUAAAGAUUUUUUAGUUAGCACUGGUGUUAAACUCUCACUCAAUCCAGCAACCAAUACUCCGGAGUUUAAUAGGUUUGGUAUAACCUUUUCAUAUGCUUGUUAAAUAGUUAAUGUAUUAUAAAUAUAAAGUAAUGUAUAAAUGGUAAAGACAGAAUCCUGCACACAGCCCCACCAGCCAAUGAAAAAAAAA